AUGUCGGUCGAAGAACCAACGGAGAUGAUGAACCUAGAACCGUCCGCCAUCAUUGGAUUCGAUGCAUUUCCAGGACACGUUGUGUGUGGACUGCGGGUACAUCCCGACCAGCGUCAUCUAGUGUUUCCACUUGGCAAUGAAAUAUCAAUCUACGAGUGUGCUACCAACAAGCAAUCCUUUCUCCGGGGGCACACGAACACAAUUUCCACCCUGGACAUUUCCACCAGCGGACGGAUGGUCGCAUCCGGGCAGUCGAAUCACAUGGGCUUCCGUGCGUUCGUAAUCGUGUGGGAUUGGGAAACGCGUAAGGAAAUUUCACGCCACGAGCUACAUCGCGUCCGUGUGCAAUCGCUUUGCUUCUCCUCGAACGAUCAAUUUCUGGUCAGUCUCGGUGGUAAGGACUGUGGAUCGAUUAUUGUGUGGGACAUCGAACAACGGACGGCCAUUUGUGGUACGAUCGCAACCAAAGAAACAACUGGCGAAGCGACCAAGGUGGCAAGCUUAAAUAAGCGCUUCACAACGUUCGUGUCGGGUGGUGAUCAAAAUUUGCGCGUAUGGAACAUUGACCGCGAGCGUAAGCGACUUACGGUGCAGGAUGUGGCCGUCGGUAAGUUGCGACGCGAGUUUACCGGUAUGCGCAUCUCACCGAACGAUGACACACUGUACGUUGGAACGAUGAGUGGCGAUAUAGUGAAGAUCAACCUGAACUGCAAUCCUAAUCCGAGCGAUCCUUCGCAGGAUAAGAUGCCCGUACUGUUGGGAUGCUUUGGGAAGCAUAAUGCGAAAAAGCCACCGGGCAAGGAUUGUGAAAAGUAUCACUAUGGUGUGCGCGAUUUGCUGCUGCUACCGGAUGGGAAGCUUAUUAUUGGCGCGGGUGAUGGAACGAUCGAUAUGGUGCAGGAGCGUAAUAUGAAUUUUAAAAAUUAUCGUGGUCCAACGUGGCCGGAACUGAAAUCGCUCCAAUCGACGAAAAUCGACGGCGUCAUCACAUCGCUUCAGAUUCGCGGGGGAAAAACACUUCUGAUUGGUACAAAUGGUUGCGAAAUUUAUUCCCUAGAGUUGGCAAACUUCUCAUCAAGUCUACGGCUGCUUAAAACGUGCCAUACGAAUGCCGUCUACGAUAUAGCUUUUCCCUACAACUUCUCGCUCGUCUUUGCGACCGCCAGCCAUGAAUCGAUCCGCAUCUGGUCGACGUCUAAGAUGCAAGAACUGCUCCGCAUCGUCGUACCCAACUUUGCAUCCUCGUCGAUCGUAUUUAGCCGUGACGGGAAGAGUAUUAUCUCCGCCUGGAACGAUGGUGUGAUCCGUGCCUUUACACCACUGACCGGCAAGCUGAUCUACGCGAUCCCGAAUGCACACAAUAAAGGCUGCUCCUCGGUAGCCGUUACCAGCAAUGGCAAGAUUGUGGUUAGCGGUGGCAUUGAAGGGCAGGUACGAGUCUGGAAGAUCGAUCCAUACGUGCAAAGUUUGAUCGGUGUGCUGAAGGAACAUUAUGGUCCAAUCGAAUCGGUACACAUUAACAAUUACGACACGGAAGUUGUGUCGGCAUCGCGGGACGGAUCGUGCGUUAUAUGGGAUUUGAUACGCCUUACCCGGAAGCAUGUGAUCUUUGCGCAUACGCAAUUUAUUGCUGCACAGUAUUUUCCGACCGGCGUUCAGAUACUGACGGCGGGAUCGGAUAAGCUCAUCGGGUACUGGGAAGCGUACGAUGGUAGUUUGGUGCGUGAGGUGGAAGGUUCAAAAUCGGGACCGAUCAAUGCGAUCGACAUGAACAUGAUGGGAGAGUACUUUGUGUCGGCCGGUACGGAUCAGAUUGUGCGGCUGUGGAACUAUCAGCUCGGUGUGGAGGUUGCUGUUGGGAUUGGGCAUGCGAGUGCCAUCACUUCGGCACGGUACAGUCCGAAUGGGAAGUUUCUGGUGACGGGUUCCAGCGAUGGAGGAAUCUUUGUAUGGAAAGUUCCGGAGAAAUUCCACAUCAAAAUACCGGACGAUAUUUCGAACACCAUCAAGGAGGAACAACAGCAGCAGCAACAAGCACCUUCAAAAUCAUCUAAACCACCGACACCGACGACAAAUAAACCGGUCAAAAGUUCCUCCUCACAAAUGAUCCGCAAAACGACACCGGCAUCAUCCGGAGCGCGAACGGUUGGCAUUAUCCCCGGCGGGAACCGUAGCAACGAGGACAUCCGUGUACAUGCGUCCGGUAAAUCGUCACGCGCCAGCCAAAUUGCCGAAUGUCCAGCGAUCGAUCCGAACGCUCAGCCAACGAUCGAUCCGUGCGUUGAUACUGCUUCACUGGCGGACCAUGGCGAUCAGCAGGAACAGUGGGAAAUACGCUCGCAACAUUCCACCGGCAGUCAGAACCGCCUUUCGGAACAGUCACCGUUUGCAGUCGAUAAGGCUGUUGCUUCCCAGCAAAACCGUUAA